GCAACCAGUCUUUCAACCGGGAAUUGCAUUUAUUCUGACUUCCCAUGAGUAUCUUCAUGGAAUGAAUUGACAGAUUAUCGGCGGUCCUUGCUCUGUGAAAGGAAUGGUUCCUUUUGGAUGUGGUGGAAUUUAUGACAAAAGCUUCAGGCACCAAUAGCCCUGUGUGGGAGAAAUUGGGAUGUGCCGUGCAUGGCUGGCAUCAGGGGAAUCAUUCAUUUAAAUAACAUUAAUGCAAGGAAACAAAAGCCUCCAGGGGAUUGUAGGAGACAAUAUUAGCUGGUGUUAGGUCUGCCAUUAUUUCAAGAUGCUUUUGUGAGCAAAGCAUGGCUUCCCUAGCAACAGUUGCUAAGGAAGAUAGCAAGUGAGAGUUACAAGUCCCGAAGUCACCAGAAAAUCUUUUCAUGCCCCACACUGUAGGUUGCAGAAUCUAUCUAUCGGUGCCUCUAGCUCCUUGACAGCCACCUAUAAAUAGUGGCCUUUACAGUUCUCCCAGCAAUCAAAAAAAAUUCUGUUUUGCAUAGAAAAACACAACCCCAAUUACUCUUUCUGCCUUUGGGAUGAUGUGUUAAGUAUCUCAAGUGUAGACAUAAACUUGAAUGUAACCAUGAUCAGGAAUCCCAAUCUCACUGAAUUUGUAUGCUGUGCAGUAUGUGACAAAAUUGUACCUUCGCCUCCUUCUGCGGAUUCAUUCCAUCUCAUCCAUGAAUACAAGCCGUUUAAAACACGCUUUUACACUCACCAGGAUAUACUAGAGAUUGGGUUAAGUCUUCAACACAGAGAAGAAGAGAAUAAUCGACUGGAAAUCAAGAAAUGUGUUGAAGAAGCACAAGCUGCAGUGUGGGCUCAGGCCGACAUUGUAAAAGAAUCAGCAGUGGAGCAAGCCAUCAAUAAUGCAAGCAUCAAGCACCUUCAUGAGCUAGAAAUCUUAGAAAAGGAGCAUGAAAAUGCGAUACAGGAAGCAGUGAGGCAAGCCAAGGAAGAAACGCUUCAUUACAUGGAAGACAAGAUGAAGCGGGAAUCCGAAGCCGCUGAGCAGCGCAUGGUCCACAGAAUCCAGAGAAUCUUGAUGGAGUGUGCGGUGGAGAAGUUCCAGGCUGUAGAAGAAGCUAGACGGGAGGAACGGGAGUUGGCAUUUGAAGCCCUGUGUCUCCAAAAAAGAAUGUCGCACAGCCAGACCGAAAGUGUUAUAAAGAAUAUCAUUAGAGAAAUAGGACAGACAUGUGCGGUCCAAGGAGAAACUGUUUCUGAAACCUUGGUGGCUUUUAUGGUGAAAGCAGUGGUUUUGGAUCCAAGGAACGGUUUUAAUGUGGAUCGAAUCCUUACGAAAAAUGAUGUGCAAAAACUCAUUAAGCUCUGUGUUGGCAGACUACUGGAUAAAAAAAAUCCAUCCCUGGACACAAUUAAGAUGCAGGUUUACUUUGACAUGAAUUACACAAACCGAGAGGAAUUUCUUGAUGAACAUCAUCGAGUCCUGGAAACCCGAUUAGGCGCCGUUAGCAGAGAAAUCACAGAUAAUCGGGCUCGUUCUAGAGAUGAAUUAGAGAGUCUCUACCGAAAGAUUGUCAGCUAUGUGUUAUUGUGUUCUGGACUUGGGUCCCCUACAGAUAUCAAAGUUGUCAGAGAAGCAACAGCUGCUCUGCAGAGUGUUUUUCCUCAGACUGAACUUGGAACCUUCCUGUCCCUCAAUAAGAAAGACAAGGAGCGCCAGCUGAAAGAAUUCACCAUGAUUGUUACAGGAAUUAGGUUAUUUAACCGAAGCUGUGGAAAGGGAGGAGAAGGCAUUGAUGAUUUGCCAGCCAUUCUCAAUGAAGCUGUUCCACUCACCACCCAGCAUCUUGACUCAGAACUUCAGACAGCUCAGAACCAGGCAUACUGUUACACAGCUAUCCUUGAAGCGGCAGCAGACAACCCACUCCGAAUCGUGGAGCUUGAGCCAUUAAAGAUCAAAGAAGCACUGUUCAACAUGAGGCAGUAUGAGGUUUUCCUUCAUAUCAUCCUGGCAGAUGUGAUUACCUGUGCCCAAGAGGUGGAAAUGAUGGAAAAGCAAUUAGCAGCCCAAACGGAAUAUUUAAAAACUGUUGUUCAAGCAAAGACAGCUGUACCAACAUCACAGGUUUAUCCCAUCUUUAUAUCACUUUCUAGUUUAUGGACCAGCUUUCAAGAUGAGAUUGUGUUGAUUAGUGUCCUCAGCAAUUUGACCACUCACCUGAAACCAUUCUUGGAAGCACAUGCUCAACUCUUUCCUGAGGAGGUGAUGCAAAAACUCCUUGAGGGAUUGAUUGUGAAAACCGAUGUGGAAAGAUUAAGAGAAAGCCUUGGAACGAAAGUAAAUGUGUCUGAUUUCAAGCAUCUAGACUGGCUUUUUCCAGAAACUACAGCAAAUUUUGAUCGAUUACUGAUACAGUACCGUGGGUUUUGCGCUCAUACAUUUGCUACAAAGUUUGGUCUCCUUCUCCCAGGAAAUCCUGCUAUUGGGAUCUUGAAGUACAAAGAAAAAUAUUACACUUUCAGUUCCAAGAAAUCUGCCUCCGCCUUCGCCCAAAAUCCAGAUCAGUUCAUAGAGUUAAUUGGAGAACGGGCAAAAGAAUGUGCAGAACUAAUUCAGCUUCUCGAGCUCCACCAGCAGUUUGAAUCCCUAAUUCCUUAUUCAAAGGUCAAAAGUCUGGACAAGCGCUUUGUAAAAGCAGUCACCAGGUGUGACAGCAGUUCCCAGACAGACACCCACAUACUGCAGCCAACUAUUGUGAAGUCUUAUGAGUGGAAUGAAUGGGAGCUGAGAAGAAAAGCAAUAAAACUGGCUAAUUUGCGCCAGAAACUUACUCACUCCGUACAGACUAAUCUCAGUCACAUGAGGAGAGACAACAGCUCACAGGUUUACCCACUGAAGGAUGUUGGCUCCCAGACCAAGCGCGACAACUGUAGCAGAGUACCAAAGCCCCAGAUUUAUCUAGCUGGUCUCCGAGGAGGGACGCCGACCACCCACAUGAUCAAAGUGAACUUAACCAGAGCGGUUGAUGAAACUUAAUCGGUGAACACAUUUUGAAAAUAUCACACUGGACUGCAAUAGAAAUUGAUUGGCAUAAUUUAGAAUUAGGGAAAAGAAGAUCAUCUCCUACAUUUAGAAACAAGCUAAGUAACUAAUAAGCCAAAAUUAUUUUCUAUAUUACACUUGCUAUUAAACUGGAAAGAAGUAUU